AUGUGGCCACAACUCCUCCUCCGUGCAGUAUUUCUCGCAAUGGUCUUCGGCGCGUGUGCUAAAGCCCUUUCUCCUCGAUCGGCCAUCCACGGGGACGAUCUUGACCGCUACGAUGCCUUCAUGUCAAAUCUACAUGACUCCCAGUUCCUUGACAUGUACCUUGAAAACAGUCAAGUGAAGAUCGACGUUUAUGUCCAUCCAUCGAAUGAGUUGACUCUCUCUGAGCACUUUGCUCCAAGUGAUGUUGCCCAUCAAUACUUUGCACAGGAGGCUCAGCGUGCGCAAGAGGUCCUCCAGUCAGCAUCAGCCCCCGAAGAAUCGGUCCACGAAUCGGAGGCCGAAAGAAAAGCGAAAACCUGCCCUCGUACUAACACUGUGUUGGAGCGAGAGGCGUCUGCGCUAGACACCCGUCGUUCUCGAUGUUUCCAAUUCUGUGGCAGUAUCCGCCACUGUCACAGAAAUACCGGAUGUCCUCACUGUUACGCCGUCCGACAAGGGUGUCUCUGGCAGAAGUGGUGCCGCUAA